AGCUCUGCUCAACGAGCUCACGGCCAGAGCAAGCAGCAGAGGAUCAGGGAUGGCGUCGAUGAUGGGAGGCGACUUGGUGGAGGCGUACGUGCUCAAGAACGCGUACACGGAGAAGCUCCGGCGCAUGGCGGCGGCGGCGGCCGAGGAGGAGGAGGGGACGGCCAAGCGGCGGGGCGCCGGGGCCUCUGCCGGGAGGAAGAAGGCCUCGUCGUCGGGCGGCGGCAGGGGAGGAGGGCUGUUCGGGCUCGUCAAGAAGAAGGUGCACCCCAACAAGGCGGCCGCGUAGAGCGAGGCCGGUGGAGCCGCAGCUUCGUCUUCCUGAUCCAGCCGCGCGCACGUCUGCUGCGCCGCCGACCCACCGUUGCCGGCCGACCGGUCGCUUGCGCAAACACACCAAGUGCUAGUAUGUAGUUUGGUUGGAAGUCUGGCUGGAUGCCACCGAAUGGUGGUAGUACGGCCUGCUAUGAUUUGUAGCCUUGUUCUUUCUUUCUUUCUUUGUUUGUUUCUUGAUGACGAUGGAGCGUUUUGUUGCUCGCUAGAUGUGGAUCAUCAUGUUGUUUCAUUUGUUACGCGAUGUCAGUUAUUACUAGUACGUGAGAUGGCAAAAGGAAAAACUGUAUAAAUUCCAUCCAAAAUUCAGGUCCAUCUUUUCGCCA